AUGCCGUUUGAACAGACGAUAACGAUCAUCAACAAUUCCGGAAAAAUCAUCAGCACUCCUCCCUUGUACCUGUGUCGGGUUGCUCAGUACGUGCGACUAUGGGGCAAACAUCUAGUUGGCAUUUUCAAGGAAGCACGGUCGGCCUACAAGGAAAAGAAAGAGACCCUUCGACAAGAACGACAUUCUGGUAUCCGCCGCGCGCGGACGUUUGACCUUUCCCGCAGCGAAGGCUACCACGGCCCUCUCUGCGAGGUUGAGGAAUAUGACGAUGCACACCACUAUGAUCAACGCGAAGGCUAUUAUCACAACCAUCGUUCUCUGGGACAAGCUGCACCGCCGCUUUAUCUUGAGGACGGAGGUCAUAGCCGCCGCCUUUCCCUGGAUGGUGGUGACCGCCGCUCACAUUAUUCAUUGAACAAUCGCCAGCCGCGCCGAUCGCAGCGUAGUUCUACUGGUAGCGGCACUUCGGUGAAUGGAGCGAGGAGCAGCUUUCGGCCCCACCAACCGCCGUUGACUGCACACAACCUGCGUGACCUCUCUCAAGCUUGCGAUGGACAUUCGCAAGCAUCAGAUUCCCGUCGCAAUAGCCAUGGCUUGUACGCCAAGACGAGCGCUCACAAUCUGGUACCCUUGCGCUCUGCUCUAAACGAUAUACCUCCGAUGAGCGUGACCCAUACGGCUGCGCUGCCGCAAGGAAGGAGUAACUCCCCGGCUGUCGCUCUCUCGUCACCGCGCGCCUCGAUAUUGGUUCACCGACCACGAUCGGACUCCGCACUGAGCCGUCUACCCAAGGACAGUGGAAACGUGCCGCCGCCGAAACUUAUUGAUACGAACCUAGCAUACGGCAAUAUACCGCCUGAUUUGGAGUCGCGCAUCGACUUGGACCCUGAAGCCUUUAUUGUGGAUAAGGCUGACGAGUUGAAAGAAUCUUAUGCCACGACACUGGUCGACCGCAUUGAGACGCUCUUGAAUGAGGCACAAUGCAUUCACCACACAGCUGCGUCCAUCAUCCGCCAUCUACAAGACAAGCCCGAGGCCGCUGCCGCGGUCGCUUUAACUCUGGCAGAACUUUCAGCGCUGCUAACGAGACUGAGCCCUGCCUAUCUAGGAGUGGUCAAGGGCGGAAGCCCGGCCGUCUUCGCUCUUCUGGCCAGCCCCCAGUUCCUCAUUGGUACCAGCAUUGUUGUGGGGGCCACGGUUAUUCUGUUUGGCGGCUGGAAGAUUGUCAAGCGCAUUUCCGAAGUGCGAGCUGCGCGUGAGGAGGGAAGGCAAACGUUUGCGACGGGCGAUCAAAGUGGCGGGUUUCCGCAGCAGCAUGCUCCGGGGAUCGAUUCAGAAAUAGUGCUUGGCACCGCCGAAGAGCCGCUUUCAGCCUUACAAUCGUCCUCGCGUGGCUAUGAAGAAGCACUCGUGCUGGAGGAAGAACUGUGCACUAUUGAGACAUGGCGCCGUGGAAUCGAGCCAAUACUUGAUGGAGGAUCCGGUAUCAAGCCGUGGGAAGCCAGUGAGGUUGACCUUGAGCUAAUCAGUCCGAAGGCGAUGCGCUCGUGUAUUGGCGAUGAUGACCAACGUACUCUGAAGAGCGCUCGAACCGCCAAAUCUCUCGGACACAUGUCGACACGAAAUACACGCUACUACCACCGCCACCGCCAAACACAUCACCAGAACAGUAUUCGAAGCAGCGAACAGGUCACAGGAACUGAUGACUCUCCGGACAAGCGGCAAAGCCGUAUUCUCGCACUCGCCACGGUGACGAAAAAAGCAGUGAGUCGGCGAGAUCUACGACAAGCCGCAGCAACCGGCACAGUGGGCGCUCACGCACGGAUGGUCGCCGAGUAUUAG